UAGUUAGUAGAUAGACAGAUAGAUAAGAAGAUUUCCUGAAUGAGUUGUAGAAAUUUUAAUCAUUAUCAAAUCUUUAAUCAUUCUAGUGUUUGAAUUUGUGGAAUACCGAAAGAGGAAGGAGACCUUACGGAGACAACAUGUUACCCCUCUUGGUUCUGUCAUGGUUGAUCAGCAGUGUAGCUGGACUGAACCAUGUUCUCUCUGAACAGUUUAUUAAUGAGCUGAACAGCCUAAACUCUACCUGGGUGGCAGGGAGGAACUUUCAUCCAGAAACCAGUCAUAAUUAUCUUAGAACUUUGAUGGGCGUACAUCCUAACGCAUACAAGUAUUUGCCCAAACAAAAGAAUAUUUUGCUUGGAGUAGAAGAAAUACCUGAGAGCUUUGAUCCCCGUGAGAAGUGGCCUGACUGCCCUACCCUGAGGGAGAUCAGGGAUCAGGGUGGCUGUGGUUCUUGCUGGGCAUUUGGAGCCGUUACUGCCAUGUCUGACAGAAUAUGUAUUCAUUCAAAUGGAAAAAUGAACGCCCACGUCUCCUCCGAGAAUCUACUCUCUUGCUGCUACUCAUGCGGAUUCGGUUGCAACGGAGGAUUCCCUGGUGCUGCCUGGUCCUACUGGACUAAGAAAGGACUUGUUACCGGAGGAACCUACGGAUCUGAUCAGGGUUGCCAGCCCUACCAAAUCCAGCCAUGUGAGCAUCACGUAAACGGAACGAGACUACCCUGCUCUGAAGGCGGAUCUACUCCUAAGUGCCACAAGUUCUGUGAGAACAAGGACUACAAGGUAGAUUACAACAAGGACAAGAGUUUUGGUGCCAGUAGCUACUCCAUUAAACGUGACGUGAAGCAGAUACAGCUGGAGCUGAUGAACAACGGUCCUGUAGAAGCAGCAUUUACCGUCUUCGAGGAUUUCCCCAACUAUAAGUCAGGUGUUUACCAACAUGUGUCUGGCAAUGCGCUUGGCGGUCACGCAAUCCGUAUCCUCGGGUGGGGAGUAGAAGCUGGAACUCCAUACUGGCAUGUUGCCAACAGCUGGAACUACGACUGGGGUGAUCAGGGAACCUUUAAGAUCCUGAGAGGAUCUGACCAUUGCGGAAUUGAAGGAAGUGUCGUGGCGGGAUUACCCAAGCUUUAAUCCUUCAUUGAUCCAAUCUGAAAAGGAUCAACGGACUGCCUAGUCUGUAAUCCUUUAGAUCGUAACUCUUCAUUGAUCCAAUCUAGAUAGGAGGUAUGCCGCAGGAAUGCCCCAGCUGUAAUCCCUCAAACCCAAUCUAGAUUAAUUUCUUUGUUCUACUAAAAUACUCAUUAAUAACUCUAUUUCUGAUUUAAAAUUAAAUGUAAAACAUGUUAAUAAAUUGCAUGAUAAAAAAAAGGGA